AUGCGACAAAAAUCAAAACAACAGAAAAUUAAUGAACAUCUUGAUGAUAUUCAAGAUUCAAUUCGAGAUAUUAAUAAGGCAUUUAAAGAGGUUAGUCAAAAACAAAAGCAGCAACUAAUAUUACCGCAAAAAAUAGAGGCAAUACAUCAAAUUCCUAAAAUCAAAUUAAUUACACAACCAAAUGUAAAUCAAAAUUCAACAAUAUCAUCCAAAUCCGAACAAAUAAAUACUCAAUGUACAUGGCGAACUUCUUCCCCCACAAAUACUUCAUUUGAAAUUCGUCAGUUGUAUGAUAGUCUUCCAUUUGAUAAUCAAAAUGGUGGUGUAUGGGGUCAGGGUUUUGAUAUUCAAUAUAAUACAUCUCAGUGGACACCAGAUAAUAAAUUAAAAAUAAUACUCAUGCCUCAUUCACAUUGUGAUCCAGGUUGGCUUAAUACAUUUGAACAAUAUUUUAUGUAUGGAACAAGACAUAUUAUGAAUAAUAUGAUACAAACGCUUGAAAAAAAUAAAAACUAUAAAUUUAUUUGGGCAGAAAUGUCUUUUUUGAGUUUAUGGUGGGAUCAAGCAACAAUUCAACAGCAACAAUCAUUAAAAAAACUUAUUUCUGAUAACCAAUUUGAAAUUGUUACUGGUGGUUGGGUAAGCAAAUUAAAAAAAUAUCAUCUUACAUUAUAA